GCAUCACUCUGAUGCUGCAGUAAUUUCAGCUGGGCAUUUACAUAUCCUUGCCUGGGAGUCUGCUAAGCUUCGAGCAGAGCCGGAGCAGUUACAUGAGAAUGGGAAUAAUCUCUUACACCGCAAAUUGACUUCCCUCUUUGUAGCCCUAGACACUGUUUCCAGCUGCUUUCAGUCUUUUAAAUCCUUGAAAGCUUUCCUAAUCCGCGUGUAGGCAGCAGCCUUUAUGUGCUCUGCCGCCCUCCCCUUCCCCGUGAUUGGCGAGGCCAUUCCACAGCCAACUGCUCCAUCCCUGGGCUGGGUUUGAAAUCAGAGCCGGCAGGACAGUUGCCUCCCCGCCGCCGACUUUUCAUAGGCUGGGCAAAGAAGGUUGGGAAACUUGACAUUGUCUUAGGGCUCCCCCCUAGCCAAGAAUAAAAAGAGGGGGGGAAAUAAUAGGCAGGAAAGAGGAGGGAGGGAAACUUGCUUACGGUGGGAAACUUGUGGAUGGAUUUGUGCCCUGCCGACAGCAGCGCGGAGUGAGCAGCCCCUGGCCGGCUGGAUGGAUGAUGGGAAUCUCACCAUGAGGCAGAUAGCUGAUCAGCUUCCCUGGAUUUCGCUGACGCCACAGGAAAGCUUUGCCUGAAGAUGGAAACACUGGAGUCAGAACUGACCUGCCCUAUCUGUCUGGAGCUGUUUGAAGACCCGCUGCUGCUGCCUUGCGCUCACAGCCUCUGCUUCAACUGCGCGCACCGCAUCCUGGUCUCCCACUGCGCCACCAACGAGCCGGUGGAGUCUAUCACUGCCUUCCAGUGCCCGACCUGCCGCUAUGUCAUCACCCUCAGCCAGCGCGGUCUAGACGGGCUCAAGCGCAACGUCACCCUGCAGAACAUCAUCGACAGGUUUCAGAAAGCCUCCGUCAGUGGGCCCAACUCCCCCAGCGAGACCCGCCGGGAGCGGGCGUUUGAUAACAACAGCAUGUCGUCCUGCGAGAAGGUGCUCUGCCAGUUCUGCGACCAGGACCCUGCCCAGGAGGCGGUGAAAACCUGCGUUACCUGCGAGGUGUCCUACUGCGAGGAGUGCCUGAAAGCCACUCACCCCAACAAGAAGCCGUUCACCGGCCACCGUCUCAUCGAGCCCAUCCCGGACUCUCACAUCAGGGGAUUAAUGUGCUUGGAGCAUGAGGACGAGAAAGUUAACAUGUACUGUGUGACUGAUGACCAGUUAAUCUGUGCCUUGUGUAAACUGGUUGGGCGACACCGUGACCAUCAGGUGGCAGCUUUAAGUGACCGCUAUGACAAGCUAAAGCAAAAUUUGGAGAGUAACCUCACCAACCUUAUUAAGAGGAACACUGAACUGGAAACUCUUCUGGCAAAACUCAUUCAGACCUGUCAACAUGUAGAAGUAAAUGCAUCCCGCCAAGAAACCAAGCUGAUGGAAGAAUGUGACCAACUCAUUGAAAUAAUCCAGCAAAGACGGCAAAUAAUUGGAACCAAAAUCAAAGAAGGAAAGGUGGUGAGGCUGAGGAAACUGGCUCAGCAGAUUGCAAACUGCAAACAGUGCAUUGAGCGCUCGACGUCCCUCAUCUCUCAGGCGGAGCAGUCACUGAAGGAGAACGACCACGCUCGCUUCCUGCAAACUGCCAAAAAUAUCACUGAAAGGGUUUCCAUGGCAACUGCAUCCUCCCAGGUUCUAAUUCCUGAAAUUAAUCUCAAUGAUACUUUUGAUACUUUCGCACUUGAUUUUACCAGGGAGAAGAAAUUGUUGGAAUGCCUUGAUUACCUUACAGCUCCCAACCCUCCCACCAUUCGAGAAGAGCUCUGUACAGCCUCCUAUGAUACCAUUACUGUGCACUGGACUUCAGAUGAUGAGUUCUGUGUGGUUUCUUAUGAGCUGCAAUACACCAUCUUCACUGGACAAGCCAACGUUGUUAGUUUAUGCAACUCAGCCGACAGCUGGAUGAUUGUUCCUAAUAUCAAACAGAACCACUACACGGUGCACGGGUUACAGAGUGGCACAAAGUACAUCUUCAUUGUCAAGGCCAUCAAUCAGGCUGGCAGCCGCAGCAGCGAGCCUGGCAAGCUCAAGACAAACAGUCAGCCAUUUAAACUGGACCCCAAAUCUGCUCAUAGAAAAUUGAAAGUGUCUCAUGAUAACUUGACAGUGGAACGGGAUGAAACAUCAUCCAAGAAGAGUCACACACCAGAGCGAUUCACGAGCCAGGGGAGCUACGGGGUAGCGGGCAACGUGUUCAUCGACAGCGGGCGGCACUACUGGGAAGUGGUGAUAAGCGGGAGCACGUGGUAUGCUAUUGGCAUUUCCUACAAGUCAGCACCGAAGCACGAGUGGAUUGGAAAGAAUUCUGCCUCCUGGGUGCUCUGCCGCUGCAAUAACACGUGGGUGGUGCGGCACAACAGCAAAGAAAUCCCCAUCGAGCCCGCGCCUCACCUCCGGAGGGUCGGGAUUUUGCUGGACUACGACAACGGUUCCCUUGCCUUUUAUGAUGCUUUGAACUCCCUCCACCUUUACACUUUUGACAUUACAUUUGGCCAGCCAGUGUGCCCCACGUUCACGGUGUGGAAUAAAUGUUUGACCAUUAUAACUGGCUUGCCUAUCCCUGACCACCUAGACUCCUCCGAGCAGCUCGCGUGACUGCUGAAAGCCAAAAGGUAGGAGGGCCCAUCUUCCCAGGGUGGCCAGGCGGGGCCACCAGGAGCUCACCCGGAGCUGGAGGAUCCAUGUGGCAUCCCAGACAAUGCUGCCAAAUUUGGGCAAAACUGACAAGGAGAGAAAAUCUCUUCCUGUGUAUUUUGUACUGAAGGACAAGAAGUGGCUUUAAUAAUAACUUAGAACUUUUUUUUUUUCAGUUGGUUUUCUUUGGUUGGUUUUUGUAUUUCAUCUCUUACAGGAAGAUUUAUAAAUUAUUUAUAAAAAUGAAAAAAAAAAAGAAAAAUGAAAGCCUAGUAUGGACAUCUGGGAAAUGACUUCUUGUUUUUUUUGGGAGGGGGGUUUUUUGCACAUUGAUGGUCCUGUUAAUUAAAGUUUCAUCAGCCUUUUGAAUAAUUUUAUUUUACAGUGGAUAAUAGAAGAAAAUUGGAAAGAUGAAAACUGCAUAGUGGACAAGUCAGUAUACUGCAGGUUUUACUUGUACCAACAUUAGUGGUCUCAUUACCAGCCUUGUUGAGUGUGAGAGCUCUCAAUUUCUACUUUGCACAUGGGAAUGUGCAGACCAAAAGAACAAAAAUAAGCAAGCGAGGAAGUGGAGCUCGCCAACACAGCAAAAGAAUAAAGUUUAAUUUACUUCUGUUCACAGGGCAAUGCUCUCUCUGUUCAUAAAAAACAUGCGGAAUAUCUCCUAGAAAUGUGAGUGGAUAAAUCAUCUGGUGAUUUAUUUUAUUGAUGGUAAUAUUCCCAUCUACCAGUGCUUCACUUUCAUCUUUGGGAAACAUUAUAGAAUCACUGAGGAUGUGGAAUACUGAUACCAUCUCUGAGAAUCAGCAGCACUGGAGGAGAGCAGCCAAUCCAAGGCCUGACUGUAGACUAAUUUGAUAAAGCACGGCAUCAUUUAAGGAUUGAUUGUAAUGGAAGAUGUCACGGUUCUGAUGGCAGACCUGUGAAUGCUUAUUGCUGAUUUUACAAGGUUCAACAUAGCAAGCCCAGCCAACCACUCGGAAGUGAGACAUGCGCCACUUUACCAUUGGUUUUAAAUUAAACACAAAUGUUUCAUUGUCAUACACUGUGUAGUGUCUACAACAAAGCAAGGAAAUCUGUUUUGCAUGAGCUGUAUGGAGAAACACUGCAGCUGGAGUUUGCUCAUAGUUAUCAUUGUUCCAGGUUGUUUGGGAAAGCACAGUUCACUUUGUGAAUGAAAAGUAAAGAGUAAGCUUUCAGCAGCAGUAGAAAUCUGCAUAGGGAGACCCUAUGUUCAUCCUGGUGUUGGUAGAAGAGCUUCAGUGGUGGCAAUAGAAGUUCUAUGUACUUUAUCUCAGAGCUGAAUCAGGUGCAUUUCUUCCUCUUUCCCUUUACAGAUAAAAGCUUUUUGUAAUUAUUGCAACGCUUAUGUAUAAAUGAUCAUUUUGGGAGAUGAUUGAGGCAUAUGACAACUUUAAAAGAAUGGUUUUCCUGCAGUGUUUUGUUGUUACUAUGCAAGUGGUGAAUACUGCCUGUGUAGAGAAAAGAUAAAUUGAAUAUCAGCUUUAAAGAUUUUCUCGAUAAUUUAUAACCAUGCUUUAGGUAUCUUUUGAAAAAGAUGCUUUAAUGCACUUUGUUCAGUAAUGGGUCCAAAAUAAAAUGGUCCCAAGCUCAGCUUCAGGUUUUUUAAAUACUGAUUCUCCAGGUACAAAGCUCUACUACAGUUUGCCUUAUGGUUGUAUCAAAAAUCUAUAAACAAGAUGAAGAGAAUAUGUACAUGCCUGUUUGUUGUUUUUUUUUUUUAAUAGAAAGUAAAUGCCUUUCCAUGUUUCUUUGAUUUCCCUUUACAUGCCCUGCUAACUGCUGAAUUAAAUGGAGAAAAAUCUGGCAGUGCAUUGCUGAUACCAUGGCUUUCAGCUGGGCAACGUCCCAUAGUUCACAGGUAGGAGCCACUGAUCUUUCCCAAGUAGACAUAAAAAGACAAAGUGUGUACAUAUAGUGAACCUCACUGUUUAUCAUAGUGUCAUUAAUAAUCAAGAAACACAUACCCUCAAAAAUGAAAAAGUAAAUCAGUCCCCAAGCAUCUGGGUACAAUGCUACUGGUACAAUCUGAUAUACAAUGCCCAGAUGACCUGGCCUGGGAUGUUUGGGAGCUAGCUGAGAUGGUAUGACAAUUUUGAAAAUGAGUUGAUAGAAAAUGUCUGAUGCAAAGCAGUGAUAAAAGGAUGCAUGGAGAAAGGACUUUUAUUCUAGGGUUAUUGCCAAGUUUUUGCCUAAAAGGAAAGAGUGAUUUACCAAAGUACAUGUAGCAAGGCUGUGUGUCUUCUCUUUUGCAAGAAAUAUUAGAUCUAGAAGCUGAUUUCAGUAGUGGAUAAACUGAAAACACUGCUCAGUGUUUGCUUAUUUAAUGUUGGCAGAGAUUGAGCUGGAUGGAAAUAAUACCAUGAAUUUGGAGAGGUCCCAAAUGAUUUCACAUAUUUUCAUUGUAAAGAUAGAGCAUGAGUCUAAAGACAGAUUGUGGUUUUGGCCAAGGGAAAAAGGAUGGUCUUUCAUCUACAGACCUUGCUGUACCAUCUUUAUUUUAACACAGAAUACUUCAUUUGGAGCUAAGCCACAUUUCUCCAAUGUCCGAUUAACUCAGUCAGUACUCUUUGUGCACAUAUGUUUGUGUAUAUAUGUGCACAUAUGUAUGGGUAUACACACACCAGCAUAUGCACAAAUACAGUGUGUAAUUUGUGUAUACACACACAUAUGUAUAUGCACAGACAAAGUGACAGCAAUUAGUCAGGUGUUCCUUUUUUGCUUGUUUCUUGGAAAAUUUCGUAUUCUGUAUGACAAUCAGGAAACAAGUUUGCUAUGAAAAGUAUUCUUCUGGACAAUUUCUAACAAACAAAAUCUGUUUAUUUUACAAUACUUGAUUCAAUACUUGAUUCAAUGCCUGAUUAAUCAAUAAAAACUUCCAUUUGAAAAUGUAGCUUCUGUGGUCUGUGGCAUUUUGCAUGGUCCAUAGUAAUGAAUUGAAAUCUGGGGGAACAAGUAAUCCUUGUAUAAAAAUAAAAUAUGGUACUUUAAUGUAGCAUGCGGUCUUAGAUGAGGAUUUUUCCCUUUUUUUGAAAGUUUUGUGACUAGGAAUGAGGUAACAUUAUAUAAUGCUGUGUUUAACAAAUGCAGAUUUUUGAGGAAUAAUCUGCUGAGAUGCAAGCAAUGAAAGUGGUAGGUAAAGCCUGUGUUGGUAUAAUGAUUGUUUCAAAAGUGUACUUAAAACCCAGUUAAGGGUUCAGCAGAAUUAGAGCAAACAAUAGCACAAUCUCUUUAGGAGAUGGUAACAGCUCAGAGUAGUGUCGAGCUUGAGGAAAUGGAAGGGUGGGGGACUAUUUUUCUCUGAGACCAGAUAAGAUUUUCCACGUGUUUGGCUUUUAUGUGUUAAUGCACACCUAAUAGGGAAAAAAAAUCAUGCUGAAAUGGGCUAUGUGUCAUAAAUUAUUUAGUAGACUGUCUCCAGUCUACUGUAUUUUCCCAUUGUUGGCUUUCAGAGAGCAAUAAAGUUGCUGUUUUUUCUGCCAUUAGUUUAUUUUGUAUGAGUUUGGGGUAUCCCAUUUUUCAAUUGCUCAACAAAGAAACUCUCAGUUAGCAGAGGGUCCCAAGGGUAGGAGACAUAAAAGUCUCUCGGUCUGGGUACACUGUGAAAAGCAGGAAAUCUGCAAGUACAGGUGAAAACACAUUUUUCAUUAUUUUAGCAAUAGUAGGUCACUAAACACCAGUAUGCAUCAUCUGUUUUAGUCCCGUGUCUUAAUUGCAAACACUAUAUUCUUUACACAUUAGAAAACACCACAGGACACUAUUGAAAGCACAAAUUUAAAUGUCAGCUCAUUAACCAGUUCAUUUUGAGAUGGCCAGACUUUAUAGCUGAAGGACUGUGGGAGAUUCCAUUAAAAUAUUAUUUAAUAAUACAGUAAAUAUUUCUUUUUUAACUGUUCUUAUAAAACAGAUGUCUAGUAGUUAGCAGAUUCUGCUUUUAGCUGCAGCAGCACAAUUUUCAGAUAAGCCCAUGAAACAAAACAAAGUGAGGAUUGCUAGUGGCUCUCAUCUGUGUCACCAAAACUGAGGGUAUUCAUUUUAGUUGGAAAGGCUGCUUUAGUUUGAUGUUGAGGAGUGAAGAGGAGCUGACCCACACAGGAAGUACACACCAGUACCUCGGUUACUGGCCAGGGCACACCUGGCCUGAAGGCCUUCAGUGGGGCAGCUUUGGGAAGCUGGUGAUGAACAAAAAUAUGCACAAGUUGCUUAUGGAGUGAUGUGCUGGGAGUUUAACUGUUACACCAUUUCUCAUGUAUUUUCACAUACUAAUCUUUGUAAUACUGGAAGUGUGUCUUGAGAUAGAGGGAUGUAAAAUACAGUAUUUUCCUGUCUUACUGAGUUGCUUGCCCAUAUAGAAUGGAGCACAAUGUUUUUGUCUUCUCCACAUUGAGGAAAAUUCCACUCGCUUCCAAGUGCUGAUGUUGAGCUAUUUGUAUUUAAUAUGCUUUCUGAAAUUAAACAAACCCUCUUUACAUUUUAACUAUUGAUUUAGUACUUGAUAGAGUAAAAAAUUAAGAGACUAAAGAGCAAUGAUGUUAACAAUGCUUUCAGUGUGGGCUAGACCCUUGGUUUGGACUGUGAUGUUUAGGGCAUCUGUGUACAUAAAUCAAAUCUCUGUGCCAGAACACAUUAAAUUGUCAUUCAUGUGGGAGUUGAACAGUGCAGGUGCAAGUGUUUUCUUCUGAGGUAGGCUUUUGCUUAACUCCACUCUUUGAGUGGAAUAUUCUGUUUCUUUUUUUUUUUUAAUUGGUUUUCUGAUUCAAGUGCAGGCCCAGUUAAUGAGACUGUAAAUAAUACAAUCAUUCAUCAUGUUACUAAUUUUAGCAAGCCCUGCCAUACCAUGUGCCUCUGGCAGGUUGCUGAACACCUCAGCUGCAAUCUUAACCUUUACAACCUUACCUCCAACAUGAGGACUGAUGCUUAAGAUGUUGACCAAGUGUAUAACUUUCCCAGGUAGAAUUCAUCCUGCUUUGAGUAAGGAACUCCAGCACAAAUCAUGAUACCAGUUAAAGGUGAGGGACACAUAUAUUGCACAAGGGUGAUAUAGGAAAGAUAUGGGCUAGAAAACCAUCACUCUUGAGGCAGUUCUGGUUUAGAAGUGCAACAAUAUAUUAGCAAGUCGUGAAGUCUUCUACUACAGUGUGAUCAACAGUGGCAUUAUUACUGCUGCCUGAGAGAGGAAUGGAGUAGCAAAAGAGGGAGUUCUGGAGCAAAGCUGAGAGAGAUCACUCAGAAUGACAGGGCAGCUGAAAACCUGCCACCACUGCCUUCCUUGGCACCAUGCUGCAGCUCUCAAAGCAAGCCUGCACCUAUUCAUCCUUUUGUUCCAGCUCAGCCUCAACCCACAUUCCCAAAUGACAGGAAAAAUAAUAUUGCAAUUACAUAUUUGAAAGCCUAACCUGAAUAAAAGCAGCAGGGCAGGGAUGACAGCCCCGGGCCUUGAUCCUCCUUUAUUCACCCAGAUUUUUACAUCUGUUGACUUCAAAGGAGAUAGUCCUGAUUUACUCAGAGGUAGGUACAAGCCCAUGAAUCUUCACUUUCCAAAGAGUCAAACCCAAGUGGAGCAGGAGCCCCUGUGAGAACAGCUCAGACUUCCCAGUAAAUCAUGUCUUUGGAGAAAGCACUUUAGCUGCUAGCAAAACUGCAGUUUCUCAUGAGCUGUUUCCCAGGGCCAGCACAGGUGUGUUUUAAAAUGUCUGGUUCCUUUAAAAUGUAUGGCUUAGUAACAUUCUUCUUGGGUGAAUUGUUCAGGCAAUGCUUUGCCGUUUCCUCCAAGUGUGGGAACAAUUCUCUUAGCAGGUGCUGUGUUACUUUUAUAAAAUCUUGAGAUUCACAAGUUAUGAUAUAAUGCUCUAGCAUAAGACUAUUGUUCUUGGACUUCCAUUUAAAAAGAGAUAAUAGCUAAAAAGCUUAGAAGUCUGCUUCCUUUAACUGUCCUAAGUUAUAUAGUUAUUUGAAUUCAUGGAGAUAUUUCCUCUUAAGGAAUAGCACCUCAUUUCUUGUUAAUACACAUGGACAGAUAGUAAUUAGGAGUAUUCCUGAAAAUUAUGAACCCUUACAAUAGUUUAUAAUCAAACCUUUAGAAGGCAGCAAAUGGAGGCUUUGUGUUUUUUAUAGUCAUUGAACAGGAAAAAAACAGCUAUAGCUGUUUAGAUCACUGAAAGGUAACAAAUGACAGCUAACUGCUACAUGACAGGAUGGGAAAAGUUUUCAUUAGCAAUUUUUUACUUCACCCUCAUUUUUAUUUUACUUGGAAAACAGACAAUUCCACUUGAAAAUGUUUCUCUUAUAUUCUUCUAUUUCUUCACCUUUCUUUUGUUUUCAGUCUUAUUUUUAACUUUUAAAUAUUAGAGAGGCAAGAAGUGUGAGUCUCAAAAAUUUUGGCUUUAUUUUUUUAUUUUCUUUAAAAUUACCAUUUUCAGGAUGUGGACAAUUAAUUAAAUGAGAAGUCAAAAUACUAAUGCAAUAUGGUAACUUGAAUGUUGAGAAUAUUUUUGAAGCAUAAUUUAAAGGAGGAAUGCAGACAAACCUGUCACUCUUCUACAAUUACUGAAUUAUUUGGUUUCAUUAUUCUGGGCUUAAUAGCAUUUCUCUCUAAUUGAAACAGCACUAGGAGACCUGAUUAAGGAGCACAAGCAGAGAGAUAGUAGAUUAUUUUAGGAUAACCCUGGAACCAGCUCCCUUUAAUAGCAGUAAUUUAUAUACUCAACCUCAUUAAUGUCAGCUUGGGGGUUUGGGGGUUCUUUUUUAAUUAUUAAAUUGUAUGUCCUCACUAACAGUAUUCAUAGCCCAGAAGUAUGUGUCUUUCUUUGGAAGCAUAGAUUUCAAUCCCUUAUUCUAUUGGGAUUCUAUUCGCUUAUGGAAUAGCAAAAAGUCCUCCCUGUGGCAGGUGUGAAGGUGGUGCCAACAUAGUGAGAACAUCUCCCACCAGCAGAGGAUUGUUUGAUCUAUAUUUCUGUUGUCUUGUUUAUGCAAGUAGUAGUGGUGGCCAGAGGAUGAAGUAGAUUCAUCCAGAUUUGUUGGUAUAGGAAGAUGUGAAAAGCCUCUGUUACACUAAUAUUUACAACCAGUGGCACACACAACCCAGAAUUAGAAAUGAGCAAAUUGAGAUUUGUUCCUUUAUACAAUCAGUCACAUUUUCUUUUAAUUUCUUCUAGUGACUGUGGCCUCUGUCUCAAUUUUUCCAUCAGUUUACGUCCACAUGCUCCUUGAACACUUCUUAAAGUUGGUGGGGGUUUUUUACAUAUUAGGUUUUCAUCAAACAAACAUUUUUUUAAAACAAACCUUGCUGAUGUAAUGUCAGCAGGUUAUGCUAGACAGUGGAGAUGAGGAACGAUUUAGGACCCAGAACAAGUACAAAUUGAGUUCAGAACAGAAUAAUACUGUUUCUCUUCUAACAGUGUAGUCAUAGAAUUACUACAUUGCAUAUAUUUAGACAAACAGGGUUUAUUAUUAAGAAAGUGCCUUAAGUUAUGCUGUAAAUUCUAAAAGAUGUAAAAUUUGAGAAAAUUAGGGUAAACCUUUGAAUUACACACACAAAAAGAAAAGAAAAAAGUUAUUUCUUCACUAUCAAUAAUUCGUAUUUUCCUACUUCCUUCCAUGGGAGGGAUGAAACAGGAAUGAUUUGUCUUUCCAUUUUUAUGAAGUCACUGCUCCAUAUUAGUGUUACUUGGAAAUCUCUCAGGAUGGAGAAAUUUCAUGUGAACAAGAACAGCAUUCUCAAUAAUCUUGAAGUCUGCAUAAGCCAUUAGCCAGUUUUAAGGCUGGCAGUUACUCAUCAAGUUAUGAGUGCUUUCAUGUGUAUUUAACUGUGCCAGUAGAAACAUGUAGCAAAAAAAAAAAAAAAAAAAAAAAAAAGAAAUU